AUGGUGACGCGAAUCCAACGAGCCAAUGUCUUAGCCAACAACCUACAAGGACUCAACUACCUGUUCCUAGGCCCCUCAUUCAAAUCUCUCCAACAACAGACAGCAGACGACUUGACUGUUUUUCUUUCCCGUGAGCUUUGUACGAGUCCCAUUGCUCUCAGACAAGAUGUUGAGGACAGAGUUCUAAAUUCGAAUACUCUUGCUAUCCUAGGAACCAAAUCGCUGAUUUUUGACAUUCCUUUUGUCAAUACUCUCAAGAAAGGAGACCAUCUCAGUCUAUUGGUGAUAGACGAAGCUCAUUGGGGUACUGAUUUGAAUCCCAGAAAUUUGGUCAUUCUUUACGUGUCUGCCACCAUCGAUGUAAUCACCGAGACCAUUGCCUUGGGAGAAAAAAAUCUGAACUGGGCGGCCCUUAAGUUGUCCCACCCACAGAGAUUCGCGACCCCAACAUACCUUCCCGUAGAAGAUCUGAAUUUCUUCAACGAUACUGCCAUGGGAAAUACAGACUCACUCGAAAGUAGAUCCACUGUGGUCUUUAACAGUUAUGUUGGCGCCAUCAAGAGUUGGAUGUCAAAAUUGGACAACAAGUUUUUAUUUAACCUUGAUCCCAAUCAUCACUCCCAAGUCACCAUGGAUGUGCUUGGUCAUAUUCUUCCGACACCCGAAGACAUUGACAUAGCCCUCGAGCGAACAUACUAUUGGGAUUCGCCCUAUUCCAAGAUGGUCAUACUUAGGAUCCCAGCAAAUCAAUCGAUAAAAGACCUUAGAAAAGAGAUUGUUAGCUUAAUUGAACAAUGCAAAAAAUCGAACAAACUUGGUGCCGCCUUCCAGCCAUUUGAGGUUAUUGCCCUGACCGAGGAUCAUAAAUCCAUUAUCGAUCAACUUUCUCAAAAGGCCAAGGAUUAUUUAAGGGCUCAAUCAAAUAUCACUCUGAAGGAGCUGGAGGAUAUCCCCUGUUUGGUUAUGGUGAAUCAAAUGGUUGGUAUUGGAGAAAGAAUACCCAAAUCUUGUGUGGCUUACGAUAUUCGCGCCCGAUACAAAGGAGAUUUUCAAGAAAUGGAAGGUAACGAGGCUAUGUUUGUCCAAGAUAUUGGAAGAUGUGCAGGUCAUAACAAAGAGCCUGCGAAUGUCGAGAUGGAAACAAAUACAAUGUCUCAGACAUUACCACAUCUUAUUGAAAGAAAGAUCAUUCAAAUUUUAUGGUAUAAACAAUACUUUGGAUUCAUUCACAAAGAGAUGAUAGCAAUGUCGAUGGUGUGUUGGAGAUGGUUUAGAUGGGUGUCUCAAGAGUUUUCUGAUCACUUUAGCUUUCGUGAUUGUACAUCGUCUGUGGAGCACCCAGGUGGAUUGGCAAGAGAGUUUGUUCAACACAUGAACAAUCGUUAUUGUAUUUUAAAGUACAUCAAGACAUUCACCUCAUCAUUUAGAUCGGAUGAUAACACCUUUAAAGAUGAUUUCAUUCAGCCUAUAUCUAAUGGUGUGGGCGAUGGUGCCACCGAUAGCCAUUCAUUGUUUUCAAAAUUACAAACGUUGAUAAUCUCAAAUUUAUCAUCAGCAACAUUUAGUAUAAGAAUGGAUAUGUUGCAAUUGAUCAUCAAUCAAAUAGAACCUGGGUCGCUUCAGAAGCUUGUCUAUAUUCAUUCAACUCAAAUGGGAGAGACAUUCAAUUCAAUUAUACAACAAAACAAGAAACAAAAGAAUGUUUAUUCAACGUCAUCGUCAUCACUAUUAAGUAACAUUAAACAAGUUGCCAUUUAUAGUACAUCUGGUGAAGUGGAUGGUAUUGUAGAUUUGGUCACAGAGGUUUCAUCGACGGUUGAGAAUUUGUCAAUUGUAAUCUUUAAAUUUGAACCAUCUGUUUAUAGGUCAGUUCUAUCUUUGGAUCUACCUCUUUUAAACAAACUCAACUUGCAGCGUCAACCAAUAGAUUUCCCAUUCGAGUUGCUUCUUAACCUCCCAAGUUUAAAUAGUCUAACUUGUCGAUUAGUUCAACCCAUAGGACUAAAGAUAACCAACAUACGAGACACUAGAAACAAUAGUGAAACAUUUAUCAACUUUAUCAACAAAACUACCACAUUGGUGUCUUUAAAAUUGAAAGAUACUCAUCGUGCCGAAUUAGAGGCAAUGAUUGGAAAUCAAGUGAUCCAAAACAUUUCUAUUCAAUUUAUUAUGUCUGUUUCUACAGCGUCUUGUCCAUUUCCACUUCCAACGCUUCGCAAUAAUCUAUUGGAUCUCGAAAUUAUUUGUAAAUCACUAUCAUUGGAUCCAAGUUUAGAUUUAUGGAAUAUCAAACAACCAAUUCAUCUAAAGAAAUUAUGUACCGAUUCUUUGGAUUUAAAGAUAUUACAAUAUCUACCUAAAUUAGAGAAUUUACAAGUUGUUGAAUUCUCCAAUCUUCAAACAUCGAUCGACCAAGGUCUUGUAGAGAACCUAGCUCUUUAUUGUAAGAAUUUAACUGGUAUUGUUAUGGAUGGAGAUAAUGGAAAGAAUACAACUCGAACUGAACAAUUGGGUCAUUUUAUUGUUUGUAUUUUCAAACAUCUUCCAAAUACAUUUCAAGAGAUUUUGAUACAAAAGAGUAACAAAGACCUACAAAACAAUUUACCUUUAUCUCCUAAAUAUAUUAUACUCAGAAAUGAUCGUGAAGGUUUAACUUUAAUUAAAAGAAUUUAA